AUGGCCUUAUGGCAGCAGGCACCGAGCGUGACCUCUGUCGUGUCCUCGGUGGCCCAGAGUCUGGCUACCGGCGCAGUGGGGGGGACAGUAAGUGAGCAGAAACAACCCCCUCACCCCACACCUCCCCCCCCCGGCCUCCGCCCGCCCCCCCUCCCUCUCGCACCAUGUUCCGGCCCCCACCCCCCCCACGUAGACAUUCCCCGCAACCUGAGCUACAUCUCGGGCCUGUACGAGAAGGCCUACCGGGAGGGGGGGGAGUCCCGAGGAGGAGGCGCGGCGCGCUCAGCGGCCCCCGCCUCGCCCAGGGAGCGGCGCAAGCGGAGGGCGAGCUCGCUGCCGGCGGGGGUGGGCCGGGCCGGCCCUGGCGAGGAGGAGGAGGAGGAUGGGGGGGCCCGCGGGAGGGGCAGGGGGGGGAGGGGGGCCGCCGGGAGGGGCCGCAGCCGGAGCCCCGACACCAGGAAGCGGGUGAGGUUCGCCGACUCGCUGGGACUGGAGCUGGCGGCCGUGAGGCGCUUCAACCGCUGGCAACCCCCUCGUGUGCCCUCCCUCGCCCAGGCGCGGGAUCGAAUACAGGCCCAGGCGCAGGCUCAGCUGCAGGCCCAGGCACAGGCCCAACUACAGGCCCGAGCACAGGCCCAACUGCAGGCGCAGGCUCAACUACAGGCCCAGGCCCAACUACAGGCCCGGGCACAGGUUCAACUGCAGGCCCAGGCACGGGAUCAACUACAGGCCCAGGCUUUGACUCAACGCAACGCCGCACUAGGCCCCAGACCAGGCCCUUGGCUGGAGAUGGAGAUGGACGGCAAGGACUCGGUGCAGCACCCGUGGAGACUGGAGCCGGCCUUUGCCAACCCACUGGGGCAGCCGGGCUUUGGCGAGCGUCUGCGCCGGGACAAGGUUUGCCUGGAGGGGCUGUCGGUGGAGGGGGACCGUGUGCGUGGCACGGUGCGGGUGCUGAACUUGGCCUUCACCAAGGAGGUGUGGGUCCGGCACUCGUCCGACAGCUGGCGUUCCCACGCCGACACGCCGGCCCGGUUCAUCCCCGGCUCCACCGACCGGCAAACCGACCGCUUCGCCUUCGAGUUGCCGCCGCCGCUGCCCCGGGCCGGGACCGGCGGCCUCCAGCUGGCUCUCCGAUUCACCGCUGGUGCUCACAGCUACUGGGACAACAACGGCGGCACUAACUACCGGCUACGGGCAGUGGCAUCGGCAGCUCCACCCGUACCCACACCCCCACCCGCACCCUCCCCACCCCCAGAACACUGGGGGGCCAGCUGGAUACACUUCAUAUGACACCCACCCCCCACCCUAGGGACCAACCCAGCGGACAUAGGGACCAACACAGCGACUCCUCCCCCCAGCACCUCCAGUGGGUGAGGACCAGGUGUCACCCAGUGGGUGAGGAUCGGGUGUCACCCAGUGGGUGAGGAUCGGGUGUCACCCAGUGGGUGAGGAUCGGGUGUCACCCAGUGGGUGAGGACCGGGUGUCACCCAGUGGGUGAGGAUCGGGUGUCACCCAGUGGGUGAGGAUCGGGUGUCACCCAGUGGGUGAGGAUCGGUGUCACCCAGUGGGUGAGGAUCAGGUGUCACCCAGUGGGUGAGGAUCGGGUGUCACCCAGUGGGUGA